UAGCUUUUUGUUUGUUAUCUUAAAGAAGAAGGCGCCUGAAAGUAGAUAAAACGACGGCAACAAGCAAACCAAACCACCAAGUCACUUUCUUCAUUCCUCCCCUCUCUUCACGCUUCCUUCUUCCAUGGCCACCGUCUCCUCCUCCUCUCCUCCCUGGCCAAACCCCAACCCUACUCCCGACCCCUCAGAUUCCGACUCUUCUCACCAUCGUGGAGACGACACAGACGAGCCUCUCGAUUCCUUCUCCUCCCAAGAUCCCAACCACAAUCCCGAUCCGGUUCCAGACCUCAAUCCUCCUCCUCCUCCUCCGUCGCUCCUCCACCUCUCCUUCAACCAAGACCACGCCUGCUUCGCCGUCGGAACCUCCCACGGCUUCCGCAUCCUCAACUGCGACCCCUUCCGCGAGAUCUUCCGCCGCGACUUCGACCGCGGCGGCGGAGUCGCCGUCGUCGAGAUGCUCUUCCGCUGCAACAUCCUCGCCCUCGUCGGCGGCGUCGGCGGCGGAGGCCCCGAUCCCCCCCAGUACCCUCCCAACAAGGUCAUGAUAUGGGACGAUCACCAGAGCCGCUGCAUCGGCGAGCUCUCCUUCAGGUCCGACGUCCGGUCCGUCCGCCUCAGGAGGGACCGGAUCGUCGUCGUCCUCGAGCAGAAGAUCUUCGUCUACAACUUCGUGGACCUUAAGCUGAUGCAUCAGAUCGAGACCAUCGCGAACCCUAAAGGGCUCUGCGCUGUCUCUCAGGGCGCUGCUGGUGGUGGUGGCUCUAUGGUGUUGGUCUGCCCUGGUUUGCAGAAAGGACAGGUGAGGAUCGAGCAUUACGCCUCUAAGAGGACUAAGUUUGUAAUGGCUCAUGAUUCCAGGAUUGCUUGCUUCGCUCUCACGCAAGAUGGGGCUUUGUUGGCUACGGCUAGCUCCAAGGGGACUCUUGUUCGGGUGUUUAAUACUGUUGAUGGCACUUUGCGCCAAGAGGUUAGGAGGGGUGCAGAUAGAGCGGAGAUAUAUAGUCUGGCUUUCUCUUCGAAUGCUGAGUGGCUAGCUGUCUCAAGUGACAAAGGAACUGUCCAUGUCUUUGGUCUCAAAGUCAACUCCGGCUCUCAAGUGAAAGACGCACCACAAAUUGCAGCUGAACUUACCCGCUCUCCCUCAUCCCCAUCCUCGUCUCUGUCAUUAUUCAAAGGUGUGUUGCCCAAGUAUUUCAGCUCAGAGUGGUCGGUGGCUCAGUUUCGGUUGGUUGAAGGAACUCAGUACAUAGUCGCCUUUGGUCAUCAGAAGAACACUGUUGUUAUUCUUGGCAUGGAUGGGAGCUUCUACCGCUGCCAGUUUGAUCCGGUGAACGGGGGAGAGAUGUCUCAGCUUGAGUAUCACAACUGUCUAAAACCGCCUUCUGUUUUCUAGACGCAAUCUAUUUUCUUUAGUUCCUUUCCUUCCUGUCUAUCUCCGCUACUUAAAAGUGGUGUGAUCAUACGGUGUUAAUGUAUAUAGUUUGUGUGCAUAAUAAUAACACGAAUGAUUUGUAUAUUUUGUAACCUUCACCCAAAAAUGGUUCGUAUAUACUCUCUUUGUACCA